ACUUGUUAUACACACAUGUUCAAAUCCAGAGGCGGAAACUACAGAUAUGCCCCUUGGGUCUACUCUUGACAAUUUGAAAUUUUCUGCCUUUUAAUUUUCAUUAUAAUUUCCGAACAUGAUAACAGCAAUCUAGUUUUAAAACAUCGGGAACGCAGCGGAACGGGAACUUUAUAAUUAUAUUAUACCCUCUAUUCCUACUGUGUAUUCAGAGCUGUAGCCAGGAGGUGUACAUCAAAUCACUAUAAUACUGCACCAAUCGAAACCCGCUUUUUUGAUCGCUAACCUAAGUACAACAGCACAACAGGUUAAGUUUAUAUUUUUUUGUUAGGAAGAAUUUUUUAUUGUCCAUUUUUGUCAUGAGAUUCGUUCUGAUCGGUGGACGGUGCUGACUGCCGAUUGUCCAUGAAAAACCUCUUCAGUUUCUAUUGCGUCUCCGAGGUUAUUAAGGUCCUAUUUUUGCUCGCAUUGAAGCCGGGACAUUGCUAUUUGCUAUUGCUAGUGUUUCUUAGUUAAUCAAUCAGUGAUACUCACUAUUUAAGAGCAGCCGACCAGUAUACUUUGUUAAAACAUGACACACUACUUUUAAACGUCAAUAUCAAUGAUGAUGUCACAAAGUAGUGUCCCAACUAGUUCGACAGCAAGACGGAGAUUCUCGUUGCUUUGAUUGACUGACUGAAGUUAGWACUGUGUUGAUCUACUCUUUUACUAGACUCCAAGAGUGAAAUCACCGAGCUCAAUCUUGCAAUGAACUUAACCCAAGUCACACGCCCAACACAGUACCAGACCUCCACGACUAUUCAACAUAAUAAUCAAGUCCCGGAUGAAAAGCCGUACUGGUAUUGGAUAGUGGUGAUCAUAAUUGGYUGUGUAACAACAUUUGGUAAUUGGUUGGUUAUUUACGUUAUUCUCACACGUCGUCGACUCCAGACGAUAGCUAAUUGGUACAUACUAUCAUUAGCGAUCUCUGAUCUGCUUAUUGGUGUGUUCGUAGUUCCAUCCGCGGUCGCUCAUGAAAUGGUSACCAUUCCUCAUUUUCCUAUUUGGGUAAUGUUCUAUAAUUCCUUGUUCUAUGUGUCGGUUGGAAACCUUUGCGUGAUGACUUUAGAUCGUUACAUUGCUGUAACGCAACCUUUUCGUUACUUCACCGUGAUGACCAAUCGGAGGGUGAUUUUAAGUGUAGCGUUAGCAUGGCUCGUUCCCAGUCUUAUUGGUUUGCUUCCGAUCACGUGGCACCACAUUAGUAACAUAUCGCGCAAAUCAUACAUUGAUCGCGUGUACUAUUCGGCUAUUGUCAUUGGACUAGAAAUAAUCCCGUGCGUCGUCAUGGUGAUCAUCUACGCUCGAUUAUUCGUCAUUGCUCGGAAACAUUCACGACAAAUUACAGCUCACAGAAAAGCUUGCUUCGAAAGUCAGUCGGAAUAUAGUCGGGUGGCAUUCGGGCGAGAUUCCAGUGUUUCGUACUCGCAUCGYCGGGAACAGCGAUCCAAUCUGAAAGCCUUUGCGACUAUCUUGUUGAUGUUUGUCGCUUGCUGGACUUURUCGGCUUAUAGAACACUUUGUAAUUACAGGCUUGUACAGUGUACAGCAGUGACAACUCUUUUGACACAGAUUUCCCGUAUUCUGAUGUUCCUAAACACCGCUUUGAACUUCAUAGUCUAUGCUAUACUAAAAGCAGACAUACGCAAAGAAUUUUGGGUAGUUUUGAGGAAUUCUUUCAAAACUUUUCAGAGAAUUGCAUAAUCUUCAUUGCAGCCAACACGUACUAAUCUGUGCAAAUGAUUUUAACUAUUUAUAACAGUUUAUUUACUAUUUAACAAUUGGUACGACAAAUCGCACUCUUUCAUCUGCACUUGCAUCCMUGUGGGACAUUACAUGUCAACACAUGAUAUAUAUUGUAAGAAGAUCGACCAUACUGAGUGCACAUGCGCAAUCCUGGAAUAAAUUGUAGUUUUGUUAGCAUUUUUUUCAUUCAAAAGCCUAGAAAGAUUAAGAUAUAUUAACACAAGAAUGUCAAUAUUUGAAAGCUCUGAGCGUGUGCUUUUUUAGGCCUUUCUUUUUUUACUUAUUUGAUGUGCGGUACUAUCCUGACUGAUGAAAGCGGAUGUAGGAUUGAUGAUGUGGAAAAGCGGAGAAGUGGGUAUACAAGAGAUAUAACCGAUCUAUACAAAGCCUCAGGUGUGAGAGUGGGUUUCGCGGCCCAAACUCAUGCUUAUUUAGUCUUACACUUACAGCUUU